AUGGCUGGCCCAGUUCUUUGGCUGCUCUCAAUGGCCCUGGUCACACUGAAUCUUCUGUGCCCUGCCCCAGCCCCGCCUCGCGCGUCCCCGACACAACCCCCUGCCCGCCCGCCCUGCUCCCAGGUGAUCAUCGAGCGCUACAAGGGUGAGAAGCAGCUGCCUGUCCUGGACAAGACCAAGUUUCUGGUCCCGGACCAUGUCAACAUGAGCGAGUUGGUCAAGAUCAUCCGGCGCCGCCUGCAGCUGAACCCCACGCAGGCCUUCUUCCUGCUGGUGAACCAGCACAGCAUGGUGAGCGUGUCCACGCCCAUCGCGGACAUCUACGAGCAGGAGAAAGACGAGGACGGCUUCCUCUACAUGGUCUACGCCUCCCAGGAAACCUUCGGCUUCUGAGCCAGCAGUAGGGGGGUCGGCCUGGGAGUGGGGGGGGCCCGGUCAGGCCCUGCCCAGAUAGCUCCUGGUUCCUGAACUGAGCUGCCUCUGCCGUGGUGGGCUGGGCAGGCAUGCGCCCCCCUAGUCAGAGGGCAACCCACCUACUCUGCCCCUGGGUGGAUCCUGGGCCGGUUGUGUUAGGGUUGUCCCUCUGGGUGCUGGCUGGGAUGGGGGAGGGUUGGGAGCAGCCCCCAGCACCCUGCUGUGUGGUUCAUCUUUUUUUUAGGCCCCUGCCUGUCUGCCCAUCUGCCCCUCACCCACCCGAGGCUCUGCCCACGCCUGGACCUGCCCACCCCUGAAAGACUGGCCCCUGGCUCCCUGCCCCUCGGUCUCCACAUGGUGUAUGGAUCUGUGGUCAUUGUCCCUCUGCAGAAUAAAGAUUGCUCAGGCCUGCCUGGC